CUCAAUUCAUCCGUUUCGUCGUCUGCCGCCACAUGGCUCAACCCAGCAGGAUCCCCGCCUGGAAACGGCUGGGCCUGAAGCUGCAAGACAGUGACCAAUCUGCGGAGCACCAUUCGUCCGCAAAACAAGACAACCAACCUAAUGGGAGCUCUCGUGAUCAAGCAAAAGUCGUGCAAUCUCCUGCUCAAUCUUCCAAUCACCCUGCCGACAUAAACAAUUCACACCUUGGCAAGCGAAAACACGAACAUGAACCAGCUGAGACCAACAAAAAGAGCAAAAACUCUAAGCACCAGACGGUCGACUCAUCUCUCACUCGAAAUGUUACUCCGCCUGCGGUGCAGGUCGACAAACCUGAAAGUCCCAAGCCUGCUUCUGAUGCGCGUCCCAAAGGUGAUUCCAACUACCGCAAGAAGAAACCCAAACGAGGCGGCGGUCAGCGUGCGAGCAAUGAUGCUUCAUCUCUGGCCCCAGUCCAUUCAAAAGUAAAUGGAACCAAAUCUUCUGGCCCAAUUCUAAGGACUCCGUCUCUUUCACCUGGCUAUGGCACCACACUGCUCGCGUCGACUGAGACCGACCAUUAUGAAACUCCAAUGCCACAAAGCACAUCGACUUCACCACCACCGUCGAGAGCAGAUCGGCGCAAGUCGGUGACUUUUACUCCGGACACCAAGACUGUGGAUGGUAACAGCGCAGCCAAUCUUUUCAAGAAGUGGGUCAAAGAGCAGAAGACGGCCGGCGUCUCAGAGACUGAAAUCUCUCAAUUCGUACCCCCACCAAAGAUCCACCCCGCGAACGAUCUACCUUCACCAGAAACCAAAAACGUUAAGAAAUCCAAGAAAGCCAAAAAGGCUGCAGCUACCUCGACAGCAGCAGACGGUGACGUUAACGAAACAGCGGCUGAAGCACCAGCGUCCGCUGCUGCCAAUCCAAAGAAAGACCCUUCGAGAUAUCUGGAUUACCUUACUGCGUAUCACACUGACCGACCCAACUGGAAAUUCAACAAAGCAAAACAAAAUGAUGUACUGAACAACGCAUUGAACAUCUUUCGCAUUCCAGAGGACUACUCAGACGCGCUGAUUGCCUACGUUCAGGGAUUGCAAGGUGCUGGCGUCAUCCAGCGACUAAAGCAGCAGUGCACAACCGCAAUUGAGGAAAUCGAAGCCGCCGGCACAGAAGACUCCGACAUGGAUGACCCGAAAGAUCGCCAAGCGGCACAAGACGAGGCCCUAAAAGAUCAUUUGACGAAACAGCGCAAACGCAGGCGCCUAGAUCGAGAUGUGGAGAACAUGGUCGGUCAUCCAUACACUGAGGGGUACAUACGGAGGCUGAAGAAGAAUCGCGCACAAGCCCUUGUCAAGGCACUCAACAUCGCUGAGCCCGCUCCUGCUCCUGCCCCUGCACGCGCCAACGUGGGCGCAAAUCAGAAGGUGGCGAGGAACAAGAAGCGGCGAUCAGAUAUAUCGAGUGAUGAGUCGUCGGAUAGCAGCAGUAGUGAGAAGAGCAGCAGCAGUGAGGAAAGUAGUAGCGAAGAAAGCUCAUCGGAAGAAGAGAGCAGUGACGAUGAUUCUGAUUCAGAAUCGUCUGAUAGCAGCAGCAGCAGCGAGUCGGAGGACAGCGACUGA